AUGGCUCGAUUAACGCAAUUGGCCGCUCUCAUUUCACUUUCCCUUCUCAACUUCUUUGGCGCACAGCUGGCCCUUGCAGCGGAAGAUGGUCCUGGUUCGGCUUCCGUCCUGACCAGCGAGGUCGGCCGCCUCAACAACCAAAGCUUGUUCUGGGGUCCUUAUAAGCCCAACCUGUACUUUGGUGUUCGAUCCAGAUCUCCUCAGACCCUUUGGACCGGAUUGAUGUGGUCACGGGUUGACACCUACAACGAUGUCCAGAAUGGUUUCCGCUACACCUGCGAGCAGCACGAGGGCCUCCAUGGCUACGGCUGGGAUGAGUACGAUGCACGAAAGGGUGGCAUUCAGACUAUUCACGACGAAGGUAACCAGAUUGACAUCACCACCGCCUUCGUCAAGGUGCCAGGCGGAGCUCACGGCGGCAGCUGGGCCGCCAGGAUUAAGGGUGUUCCCAGAGAGGGUGCUCCUUCGGAUGUGAAGACCUUGCUGCACUACUACAUUGCUCAGGAGGGAUCCGAGGCCGAGCUUGCCUUCUCCGGCACCGAUAGCGAUCCUGCCGGUUUCGAUGGCGAUGUCGAGUUUGAGGGUUUGUCCCCUGAGCUCGGCAAGUACAAGCUGGUCAUCACCAAAGGAGAGGGCAAGCAUCCCUUUAGCAACCAUGAUUUGGCCCAGGCCAGACACGGUGACAAGACCGUUGUACGAUCCCUCACGGUUCCUGAUGAAAUCCAGUGGCAGGGCAAGGGCGUCGUUUUCAACCUCAUCCAGGAGAGUGUUAAGGAGGUCCAGGAGAAGUACGACAUGGAUGACCCGCCUCCACCUCAUCUCGUCUACCAGCUGUCCAACAAGCCCGGCGCAGGCAACACUCACGUUGUUCAGAAGGCAUUCGAGGGACCUUUCGAGUUCGACGUCAUCUUCUCAUCUGCUUCUGCCGGCCCUGAGCUCACUAGCGCCGACGUCACUCGUGAGGUCAAGACCGUUAGCGAGUCUUUCGGCCAGCGUUUCUCCUCCAUCUUCAGCCUGAAGGCCCCUUUCACUGCCGACAAGUAUAAGAAGUUCGGCAAGAGCAUGUUCUCGAACCUUCUCGGUGGCAUUGGCUACUUCCACGGCCAGCAUCUUGUCGACCGCUCCUACGCGCCUGAGUACGAUGAGGAGAACGAGGGCUUCUGGGAGGAGACUGCUGCUGCCCGUGCACGCAAGGCCCAGGAAUUGGAGGGUCCUUACGAACUUUAUACUGCUAUCCCCUCUCGUCCUUUCUUCCCCCGCGGAUUCCUUUGGGACGAGGGCUUCCACUUGAUUCCCAUCGCCGACUGGGAUAUUGACCUGACUCUGGAGGUCGUGAAGAGCUGGUUCAACCUGAUUGACGAGGAUGGAUGGAUUGCUCGUGAGCAGAUUCUUGGCAACGAGGCACGAAGCAAGGUACCCGAGGAGUUCCAGGUCCAGUACCCGCACUAUGCCAACCCUCCCACCCUCUUCCUCAUCAUUGAGGGCUUCAUGGAGCGUCUCCGCAAGACCAACGGUAGCCUGCCUGCCGAGAAGGAGCAGCUGGGCCAACCGUCUGCCCUGCAGACCGCCCACUUGGACAACGUCGAGCUGGGAGAGGAGUACCUUCGCAAGCUUUACCCUCUUCUCCGCCGUCAGUAUGACUGGUUCCGCAAGACGCAGCGCGGCGAUCUCAAGUCCUACGAUCGCGAGGCCUUCUCCAAAAAGGAGGGCUACCGCUGGAGGGGCCGCACCGAGACGCACGUCUUGACCAGUGGCCUCGACGACUACCCUCGUCCUCAGCCCCCUCACCCCGGUGAACUCCACGUUGACCUCAUGUCGUGGGUUGGUCUGAUGACCAAGUCGCUGAUGAACAUUGCCGACGCCCUUGGUAUGAUGGAGGAGGUGAACGAGUUGAAGACUACCCUGGACGCCAUUCGUCGCAACCUCAACGACCUCCACUGGUCCGAGAAGGAGGGCUGCUACUGCGACGCAACCAUUGACGCUUUUGAGGAGCACCAGCUUGCUUGCCACAAGGGCUACAUCUCCCUCUUCCCCUUCCUGGUUGGUCUGCUUGAGGCUGACGACCCCAAGCUGGGCAAGCUCCUUGACCUGUUGGGUGACGAGGAACACCUCUUCAGCCCCCACGGCCUGAGGAGUCUCAGUAAGCAAGACGAGUUCUACGGCACCGCCGAGAACUACUGGAGAAGCCCCGUCUGGAUGCCCAUCAACUACAUGGCCGUCUCUCAACUUAGAAACACUGCCAACCAAGAUGGUCCCUACAAGGCCAAGGCCGCAGACCUCUUCACCCGUCUGCGCAAGAACCUGGUCGACACUGUCUACAAGAGCUGGGAGAAGACGGGCUUCGCCUGGGAGCAGUACAAUCCUGAGACCGGCGAGGGCCAGCGCACGCAGCACUUCACCGGCUGGACGAGCUUGGUCGUCAAGCUGAUGGCCAUGGAGGAGCCUAGCAAGGCAGGCAGCGGCCACGUCAGAGACGAGCUGUAA